AUCUCAACAUGAAAUGGACCUGGGAUUAGAACCACUCACCCGUCCAGAACCAGCAGAACUCUCGACCCUGUUCCUUGAAGAUUCUACUGGAUCAGAACCAGAACCCAGCAGGUCCAGAACCUGUCCUGCCUCGGUUCUGCACAGCGGUUCUGUAGGACCUGGCCCAGGUGGUUCUGACCCAGUCUGACUACAAGCAUCAGCGCCUCCCAACAGAACCGGUCCAAAACAGACCGCUGGACGCUGCGCCUAGCAACCGGAUGCUGCCAGAUCGUUGCCAUGGAGACCAGGGCUCCAGAACCAGCCAUGACCCGGUCGGCCAUCAGCAGCUCAUCACUCAGCCUCUGGACCCACCGAACCGCCCGCCAGAAGUUAUGGAUCACCGGAACCGGGUCGCCCUUGCUGAGUGCUGACCGGAACCGGCUAUAUUUGUCUCGCGCUCGGAGGAAAACAGGAAGUGAUUUAUAUUUCUUCUUUUAUUUUUUUAUUUGUAGUUUUCCUGAAAACCUGAAACUACGCGAACACAGAUCAAAAAGCUGCUCAGUAAAAGAAUCCGGCUGGUUCCGGACGGACCUGAAGAACGCUCUAUGGCCCAAACAGAACCAGAACCCACAAUUGGGUUUUUUCUCUAUGGAGUUCGGCGAGCCGCUCGACCAGGCGCCCACGUCACGCUCCGUCCAGCUGUUGCACCUGCGCGAAUGUUACCUUAAGAUGCUCGAGGGAUAAAGCCUCGAACCGGACUCCAUUGCAGCCCGGAGUUCGGCCAGCCCGUCCGGACCGGCCGGCCCGUCUCUGAUCCUGACCGAGCGCUGCGGAGAGGUUCGGUUCGGCGCUGAGGACGGAUUAGUGGCUGGGUCUUUCUGUCGGAGGAGACCCACGGCACGAGACGGGGUCCGCGCGGAGGGAGCACGAGCCCAACCCUUUCCCUUUAAAGCGCCGACAGAGGGGGGAGAAGAGGAGAUCAAAGAGGAGGGAGGAGGGAGCGAGAAAAAAACAGAAACACCUCCUCCAGACGCCGAGGCGGAGCCACGGACUGAGCCGGGCCGGGGCGCCGCUGAGCGGGGGAGGCGCUGCAGGAAGCACCGAGGCUUGGCUCCUGCAGCGGAGGCCUUCCUGGAGAUCCGAAUAAAACUGACCUGAAAAGGUCUGCAGAACAGAACCGAGCCGGUCCAACUGCCCGGUGGCUCCAGCCUGCAGCUGUUUGUAUUAAAAUGCACCAACCAUCACUGGGCCUUAGCGGACCGCAGAACCGAACCCUGUUGGACUCUCUGAGCUGUCAGUGAGCAGGAGCCACCAGGCCCCAUAAUCGGUACCAGAACAUUUCUCCCUGGGUUCCGGGCCCUCCUCCUCCCUCCCCUCUCUGGGCCCUCAGCAUGGACACUUCCUGGAGCAACUUCCUCUUCCAGACGACGCCGACCCAGACCCAACCCGAUGCGGCGCUUCAGGCUGAGCUGCUACCGGACCUGACCGGGUCGGCCCAGAGUCCCCCGGCAGAACACAUUGUGACGCCCCCGUCCACCGUUGACACAGCCGCCCUGAGCGAGGAGCCGCUGCCAGUCAAGUCGCUGCCCAAGCCGACCCGGCCGGCCCACGUCUGCUCCACCUGCAACAAGGAGUUCAAGAACAGCUACAACCUGCGGCGCCACCAGUCUGUCCACACGGGCGUCAAGAUGAAGGACCGCGCGGCGCGGGACAAGGAGGACGGCGCCAAGGCGGGCCGGCUGGAGAAGACCACCAUCCCUCUGUCCCUGCUCCAGCUCACCCUGCCGCCCCAGCCGCUGCCCCCGGCCGGCGCCCCGGACGCCCAGCCGCUCUCCGUCUCCAUCGCCCCGGCAACCGUCACCAUGGCCGCUGCCCCUCAGUCCAUCCAGGCGGCCAUUGUUGUAGUGGGCUCCAUGGAGCAGAAUCCCAGUCCCAGCCCGGUGCCGAACCCCAACCAGGUGAGGAAGAACCAUGCCUGUGAGGCGUGCGGGAAGGCCUUCCGGGACGUGUACCACCUGAACCGGCACCGGCUGUCCCACUCGGACGAGAAGCCGUACUCCUGCCCCGUCUGCCAGCAGCGCUUCAAGAGGAAGGACCGCAUGAGCUACCACGUCCGCUCGCACCAGGGCGGUGUGGAGAAGCCCUACAUCUGUCCGCACUGCUCCAAGGCCUUCUCCAGACCGGAUCACCUCAACAGCCACGUCCGACAGGUCCACUCCACCGAGAGGCCCUUCAAAUGCACAACCUGCACGUCAGCGUUCGCCACGCGGGACCGCCUCCGUGCGCACCUGAUCCGCCACGAGGAGAAGGUGCCGUGCCACAUCUGCGGGAAGCUGCUGUCGGCGGCGUACAUCACUGACCACAUGAGGGUCCACAACCAGUCGCAGCACCACUCCUGCCACCUCUGCAACCGCAGUUUCACCACCCUCACCUACCUGCGGGUCCACGCUCAGAAGCAUCACGGCCAGGAGUGGAAGGAGAGCGGCGGGGCGCGGGGGGCCUUCGGCGGGGCCGGCGGCGUGCUGCUCUGCCAGCUCUGCGGGGUCCAGUGUAAGACGGCCACGCAGCUCCAGGGUCACAUGGGCACCCACGCCCAGCAGGGCGACCCGGCCCCCGACCAGACCAGCACCGAGCCCGUCGGCACCACCGGCGCCGCCGUCACCGUGGCCAGCCCGCUGCCAGUGGGGCUGCUGGUCACCGACUGCUCCGGCAUCGGACCCCAGCCCCACAGUUAGCACGGCGGGGGCCGGGGCCAACAGUGCUGCCAGGUUUUUCCGGGCCUGGACCAGUAGAACCUUUCUGCUACUGACUCGGCUCUGAGACUCUCACAGACUGAACCCGGAUCAGAACCUGGUCCAGGUGCAGAACCUCUGUUGGCUAUGGAAGUGUAUUUUUAUUCUCAUCUCCAUGGUAACCAGUCAGCUGCCAUCUCCAGAACCUUUGCUGGUUCUGCUGUUUUAACCCAUUUAUGCUCCAUCUAUCAGUGUUUGGUUCCGAUGAAAUGGACCGGACUUCUAUUCAGAACUGCCAGUUUGCCUUUGUUGGAGCAGGAGAAGCUCAGAAGCAAGGUUCUGCCGGGCCGGGCCUCGGAACCUCUGGUUUGGUGUAAAUUCUCCAGAAGCGGGACGCGCGGCGAUCUUUGACCUUCAGUGACUUUCUGCCAUGUUCUGUGCUGACUCUUCUUCUGUGGUCGUGUUCAUUGAUUCAUUGAUUGAUUGUAACUGAUUAUUAUCACUGGAUUAACCUGCAGUCAGUGCAACGCUGCGGACAGAACCAGCUGGAUCCACAUCGCCUAUUUAACCCGCUGUGUGAUUGGACUGGACCUCUGCAGGCGGCUGGAUCAGAACCAGAAUAGAAAAUGUUUAGAAACAGCAUCCAGUUUAGUUUUAUGGAAGCCUUUAACUGCAGGAGCUGCUGCUGUUCUCCUUUAAAUCAGUAAAAUAUUUUAAUUUUCAUGAGAUUAUAAAACUCUUUGAGACCAAAAAGAAUCUUGUUUUUUACCUAAAUUUUAGAAUUAGCCUAUUUAAUCUAAAACUAAGAUGAGAUUUAUAUGUAAAAAGUUUUAUAUUUGGCUAUAAAACAAAAAGUCAUGAGAAAAUAUAAAACUAGUUAUUGCAUUAAAAAUCUCUUCAUGUCAAAUUAUAAAUCUCAUAACAAAACCUAAAACUUCCCAUAAUUAAAUAUCAAUCUAGUUAUUAUGACAUAUAAAAUGUUUAGUUGACACAAUAAACCCGUAAUAAGAAAAAAUCUCCUUACUGUCAGAUUUUUUUCAAAUGAGAUUGAAACUGGAUUAUAAUUUUAAUUGAAUUCAUUUAUCAGCUCUGGCAGUUAAACGCUUCCAUGGAAAAUAUUAUUAUUUGUGAGGUUUUAUUAUUUUUUGACAAUAAAGGUUUGUUUACAUGUGUUAAAGGAAAAUAUUGAGGGAUUAGGAGGGACGAAAUGACCCGGUUCUGACCCACAGAACCCAAACAGACCUCUAUCAUUGUGGCUUCCAGAAU